AUGGACGACGACAACAAUCUUCCAACUAUUGAUCUUAACCCCUCGGGCUCUGAUAUCAUCUCCUCUGAGAGUGGCCAAGACCCAUUGCCGCAAGAUGGAGCUCUGCCAAAUGUUGUUUCAUCAAAUGGCGAACCUGCGUCAGCAGAUGCAACCAACUCGCAAAGCGAAGAAGCGGUGGUUCCAGACAAUGAUGAUGACGAGAGCGCACCUCCCUCUUCUUUUCAAGCGCCGAACCUGCCAAGGUCAUUAGAGGACAAACUAAACUCAUAUGACGAAAUAAUCCAUGACUCUGAUGAAGAGGGGGUAUUCGGAUUUACUGGGCCACAUGCCGGUAGAUUUCUACCACUCUGGCAUCACGUCCAUGAGAAAUCGUACGGCCGAAAGAAGAGAAUAAGCGAGUUGAUUAGGAGCGGCAGAGAUCAAGCGAAAGAAAUAAGAGAAAAGGCAAAAAAAAUAACGGAACUAAAUCAGCGAAUAGAUACGCUUAUGGGGAGGUCGCGACGGCACACCGAAAUAACUUGGCCAUCUCAUGUCGAAUCUGGCGAGCUUAGUUGGAAUAAGGCUUACAAACGUGCCUGCUUUGAGGGAAAUUGUUCGCCUGUGGUAACGAAACUGCAUCCAGAUCUCUUUCUACGAGCACCUACACAACAAGAUCUUAAAGACGAAUUGUUACAACCAAGGGCUCAGCAUCAAGAUAUAUCACGAUCUUUUGAUAUUCCUGCCAAGGUACAAUUUCUGAUUUUGAAGCACUUCUUCAACUUCAAGGGCAGUGUGGUUCAUGCCAUCUCUCGUCUAGACCCCUACCACCCCAUUACGCAAGUACCACUGAAUUGCUGUGGAAAGCCGAGCUUUCUGCAUCGUCUACAUGUGGGAAGAGGCAAAAUCAGCAUUACAUUCUCACCCGAGCCGAGCGUUUUCCUAGCUCCAUUGCUGGGUCGCUUUUCCAAAGGGAUUGGAGCGAACUUACAGCGCCUACAGCAUGUCGAGAUCCUCUGGGUGGGAUCACAAUAUCUCACCUAUGCUCUAAGCCGUCGAGGAAAGUUUACGUCUCGCCGCACGUUUCCGCUGGUAUUGCUCCCAGAGGCUAUCCGUCUCAAGACUCUCGGCGUAUAUGUUCAGGAGUCCAGCGAGUCUGUCAUGCGUCGCAAACACGAGCCGAGAGGCAUCAUUAAUCAUAUGGCAGCCAAGACUAAGUUGCAGCCCAACUACAGACGUUUCCGAGCAUUGCGCUUGAUGCAGGGCAUCGACUAUGUCUACUGCCUUCGAGGCCUCAGCCGAGUCGAGUUCUGGGAUUUCGAUCGAUGGCUCAACACUCACGAGAGAAAACGGCCAGUGCGAGACUUCCACUUUAUAAUGGAUGUGAACAACUCUACACGAAGGCCCAAGGAGGCCCGCGAUCGCUCCAGAUCACAGCUGAAAAAUAUUUUUCCAGUGAUUACCUCGUUUAUGCCAUCAGAGCAAGACUGGGCAAUGUUACGUGAAGGCCUUAGCAGUCUUGAUGAGGAAUGUGAAAACGACAGGUCGCCGUCGCCAUCACCGAUCGGACCGCCGCAAGCCCAAAACGGUAGACCCUGGCCACCUAGAGCAUCUACGAUAACUGAUGAUAGUGACUCCUCUUCAGACCAGUCUAACUCCAUUCCCUCCGAAGACGACCUCACCGCUGAUGAUUCGCGCCCUGCUGCAGGGAGCUCGCAAACAACGAGCAUUGUUCCCAUGGUUGAAAUGCUAAACUUGCGAGAUGACGGCCAUCUUGGCGAAUACGAGAGUGAUGAUGAGUCGACGAUUGUCCCAGAUAACCGAUCUGUCACCGAGCAUCAGGUUAUUGACCUUACGAAUGAAGGGAACGGAAGCGGUGAAAACAACUCCGAAAGUCAAUUGAACUCAACUCAGCUCUCCAGCGAUAACAGGCAUGACAGCCCACUGUUUGUGGAUGACGGGGGAUACGCCCCUUCAUAUACGCCAUCGCUUACUCCGGGAAACCAAGACGGUCGAAACAGCUGGGAGAUCCGAACUAAUGAGACUACCCGAUCAGCAGAGAGGUCUGGCAGCGAAUCAAGUUUAUUCCUCAGCAGCGUACCAUCAUUUCUGAACCAAACGCCUUCUAAUGCCCCCACACACCGCCAGAGUAGCCCGGGAGGCGCGACUGAGACAAUUGACCUUACAGGUCCUGACGAUCUGGUGGACACAUUUUUGCCUUCUGACAUUUUGAAUUCGUCUCCAGAUUCCAGGAAACGCUCUCAUAUCAAGGUCGAAGAAGACGAUGUGAGCACCGAUGCCCCGAAUAGUUCAAAGAGAGUUCGUACUAUAUCGCCAGAACGGUUGGCGCAUACUUAG